UUCCCCGUUCUUAAAAUGAAAUGAGUCUCUAAUUAGUAGCCAGGCCUAUUUUUUCCCCCCCAGGUUUCGUUUCUGAUAACUCAGCUGACGCUCCCGAGGCUUGUACAGCUUUGCUUGCUGCCACUGCUCAAUCAUCAGUUUCUAGGACUCAGCCUGCUCGCAGUUUGUUACAAGUUCGAGGAGUCAACCUACUCGCAGUCUGUUACAAUAAAAAUGUAUGGCAUAGUCAGUAAACGACAUUUCAUACAUCUUCAUUGUCUGUGGAUUGUCAGCUAUGUUGCCUCCUCCCCCCUGUCUUCCAUUCCUGUCCCCAUCUCUUGCAAUGUGGGAAGCCAAGCCAUCCUUCCCUGCAAGUGGAAGUCCCAGCUAGACAAAAUCCCAGUUUGCCAUGUCCAGUGGCAGACACCUGAUGAGACCGUGUUUGAACAGAUGGGGGCGCAACGGUGGCAGGCAACCGAGUUUGAGGGGCGGGUGGAGGUACCUGAGGAACAGCUGUGGAAGGGAGACUGCUCUCUGAUCUUGCGUGACGUGCAGUUGGGGGAUGUGGGGCUUUACGAGAGCUUCAUGGUCGUUGACAGGGCACGUAAUAAGAGGCGGGUGUUCAUCCAGAGUGUCCAGCUCUCAGUCCAUGACUACACGUCCAAGGAGUCCUUGAGGGUGGGUGAAACCCUGGACCUGAAGCUCCACACUCCCCAGGCCAUGAAAGUGGUCUUCCAGGGGUGGAACAGCACAGAGUUGACGGUCCUGUGGAUGAGGGGUGAAGAGGUCAACAGGGGUCGUCUUGAGGCUAAAGGGUUGGUGGUCCGCCUCAAAGGGUUAAGGAUAGAUGACGGUGGGACCUAUAACGUGUUGGAUUCCCAUGGGCUGUCAAUUAGCAGGGUUCAACUUACAGUGGAAGCGUAUCAGGUUGGUGAAACUCAAACAUUCCAUCAGAUCCUGGUCGAACAAGCACCUAUAGGUAAAUCAACAUAUAACAGGUCCUCCUCUCUGCUUAUGUUAUUUGUCCUGCUGUUCAGUCCCCUGAUUCAACAUCUCUUCUAACAACGAUCUCCCAUGUAAGCAAGGUUUUAACCUAUUUGGCUGGUUUCACAGACCGUCUGCAAUAUUUUUUACACCCUAAGCCAAAUCACAAAUCAGAGUGCUAGGGUGCGUUCCCCUGUGAAAACAGUGAAAUUUAAAAAAUGCAAAUAGGAUUUUGGUUGUACUCUGGCCAAUGUGUUCCAGGGAAUUUAAUACAAUUAUUAAAAAAAUAAAGAUUGAGCCAGUUUCCAGGACCAGAUUAACCCUAUUCCUAAUGGACUAAAUAGCUAGCUCAAUAGAGAAUAUCCAUUGAAGAUUUAGCCUUACACAUCAGGGUAGACUUCUCUUGUGGCAAACAGUUCCUCUGGCAGUCACUGAAACCUUGGUAACGAGGGCACUUGGAAUGUCUGUACUGAGGGAGCUUUUUGUGACGUGGAUCAUAAUAAUUUUUUUUAUAUAUGGGGAAUUUCUUGAUACAUUUAAAAAUCCAAUAACCCCAAAAGAAAAUGCAAUUGUUUUUGAUGCGAUUCCAAGGGGAGUUGUAUCUCUGGUAAAUUUCUCUGUGGUUGAUGUAAGUAACAGAUUUACAUGAAAAUAUAUUCAUUGGCAAUAUUAACAUCAAAGAUAAAUGUAGUAAUAAACAGAUUAGGAAUAUUGUUUGAUACUACAAUUCCCUCAGCAAGAUGUAAACAAUAUGGCACUACUUUAACUAAAAUGAAAAACAAAAAGGCAAUUAAAACUUGUAUUAUUAAUAUGAUUUGUUUGUUUAGGAUUCCUGGCAAUGUAAAUAGUUUAUGUAUGCUUGUUUGCAUGUGACUAUUCCUCUUUUGUUUGUUAUUUGUUCAUAAACAAUGAAAUAUAUAUUUUUUGGGGGGGAUUUGUGAAUAUGAAAUGUACUGAUAAGAGAAUUAUCUAUAUAGAGGUAAAUGAAUCAAUAAACCAUGAUGAAUUAUUAGUCAUACAGCAUGGUUAAUGAAUAAUCAAUGUAAUGAUCAAUGUAGUGAUCUAUUGGUCUGAUUAGUUCCAGAGAGUCCAGGAACCACUGGAGAGGGAAAGAAAUGUGUGUAUGCAAUUAGUAUAGAGAGCAGGGGACAGAUGGUAAAGGGAGUAAAACUUCAAAGGGUUCCUAACCUUGAGGGAAAGGAACAGGAUGAGCUAGGCAGUGAUAAGUGUGAGAAGUCAAUGGGGGAUGCAGGUCACCAACAGUUUGUGUGUAAAUGCAUGUCCGUAAGUAAGCAAGAACUAUAAAAUGACUGUUUUGUUAUCCUGACCUCAGAACAUUCUCAUGAAUAAAGCUACAGAAACCUUUUGCAGAAA